AUCAGCAGGGACCCCGGGGACAGGGACACACACGGGGGCAGCGUGAGCGGCAGCAUGUGGACGCCCGCGGCCUUCCUGCUGCUGUGGGGUGUCACCCUGGGUCCCGGGCACGCGGCUGUCGUGCAGGAGACGCGGCCCAUCCUGUGGGCUGAGCCCCAGUCACUGGAGGACCCGGGUGCCAACCUGACGCUGGUGUGCCAGGCCCGCCUGUGGACGGCCGACUUCCAGCUGCUGCGGGAUGGCGAGGCCCUGCCCCCGGUGCACCUGGACUUCCCCGCGCAGGAGCUGCGCUUCCCACUGGGCGCUGUCAACACCACCACCAGAGGCCUGUACCGCUGCCGCUCGGGCCAGGGGGAGGGCUGGACGGGGCUGAGCGACCUGCUGGAGGUGACGGAGCCUGGCUCCCUGCCCGCGCCCCAGCUGUCCGCUGACCGCACCUGGGCCGCGCCCGGCCUGCCCGCCUCCCUGCUCUGCGGCGCGGGGCUCCGCGGCCUGAGCUUCGAGCUGCGGCGAGAGGGCGACAGCGCGGUGCUGGAGGUGGCGCGGGACCCCCGGGCGCUGGACGCCACCUUCCCGGUGCUCCGGGGCGGCAACUACAGCUGCAGCUUCCGCACGCACGCGGGGGGCGCGCCCUCACCGCCCAGCGCCCCGCUGCAGGUGCUCCAGCUGGCGGCGCCGCCGGCCCCGGAGCUGCUGGUGCGGGGGGAGCGCGCGGCCGUGCUGCGCACCGGCGAGGCCGCCCACCUGGACUGCAGCCUCCCGCUCCACGGCGUGGACACCGAGCUGCGGCGCGCGGGGCAGGAGCUGCAGGUGUCCAGGAGCGGCGUCCCGGGGCGCAUCACCUUCCACCUGGGGCCGGAGACGCGGAGCGGCCUUUACACCUGCCGCUACCGGCACCGAGCAGAGGGCAGCCCCUGGUCCAGCGACAGCGAGGCGGUGGAGCUGCUGCUCAGCGACGGUUCGCUGCCGGCCCCCGCGCUGUCGGUGGAGCACGUGCUCGGCGGGCUGCUGCGGCUGCGCUGCGCGGGUUCGAGGCCGGGGCUCCGCUUCGCGCUGCUGCGGGGGGCGCGUGUGCUGCGGCUGCUCAGCCCCCAGGGCGCCGAGGCCGUGUUCGAGCUGCGCGGCGUGUCGGCGGCCGACGCGGGCAACUACUCGUGCGUGUCCGCCGAGCCGCAGCCGCCCUUCGCGGGGUCGGAGCCCAGCGCCGCCUGGGAGCUGCUGUCCAGCGAGCCUCCCCCGAAACCCCGGCUGCGCGGCCUGUGGAGCGGCCCUGUGUUGCCCGGCCACGACGCGCUGCUGCUGUGCGAGGCCCCGGUGCCCCGCGUCCACCUGGAGCUGCUGCGGGCCGGGGCAGAGGACGGGGACCGGGACCACGAGCCGGACCACGACCAGCACCAGGACCCGGCCGCCCAGAGCUGGGGGCAGCACGGCUCUGCGCACCUGCGACUUACCUUCGUGGGGCCCCAACACGCGGGCAACUACACCUGCCGCUACAGAACCUGGGGGCCCGGCGCCCUCCUGUCCGCGCCCAGCGACCCGGUGCAGCUCCAGGUGGCAGGACGCUGACCCAGGAGCUGCUCCCCGGGGUGACCCACCCCACCCCGCACCCGAGGCCGGGUUUCCGCAGCUCUGGAGGAAGCUUGCAUCCUGCUCCCCUCCAGGAAUUAAUAAAUUCAAGAAGAAAUCGAAAA